AUGUCUCACCACCUGUACCUGCUUUCGCCCUCAGACACUCCGUUGUACAGUCUCACGCAUUAUUCGUCGAAGCCGGCACAAGCAACGGUGACUUCGCCUCUGGCAUCAAAUCUUCCGAGCUGGUCGACUUCCGCCUUUGCCGGAACUCUGACUGCCUUAUCUGGUGCUACGAGCGCGACCCAGCCGCACCAUGUGCAGGGAGGGACAGUGCGGGUCGGAGGGGGGCAGGACAGGCAUGUCAUACAAAUGAUCGCCAACGCUAGUUUGGAUGUUAUUGAGGAGGUUGUACGGAAGGAGAAUGCAAUGUAUCUGAAGUCUGUGGACAAGUUCAAUGAAUGGACGGUUUCUGCGUUUGUUACACCAGGAAAUAUGAAGUUCGUGUUGCUGCAUGAGGCGCGCAACGACGAUGGGAUCAAGGCUUUCUUCAACGAUGUCUGGGAGCUAUAUGUCAAGACGAUGCUCAACCCGUUCCACACCGCCCAUACUCCCAUCCGAAGUCCAGUAUUUGAUUCGAGGGUCAGGGCCAGUGCAAAAAAGUACCUUUAA